AUGAAUCUACUCGCCGGGUACUCCGACUCAGAGUCCGACGGCGAAGCGCCGCCCGCGCCAAAAGUAGUCGCGAAGCCAUCCGCGAAGCCAGCCUUCCAGAAGGUCGUCGAUCGCUCGAAUCCAGGGCGCAUCAAGGUCAACCUUCCCGGCGCGUUACAGUCGCGAUCCGACAAAGACGAUAUCCAGGAUGAUGCGCCGCCGGCAAAAAAGGCGCGCCUGGGUGGAGGUUCGUCGUUCGGUGGCUUCAACGCAAUGCUGCCUGCGCCGAAGAAGCCAAACGUAAAUGCCAUUUCAGCAUCCGAAGGUUCCAAGACAGGAGGCAGAGGAUUAGGGAAGGGACUCGCUUCUGGUGUCAACCUGAAGACUGGCGCAGAGCCUGCGUUCAAGAGGGAGUCAAAGGUGGAGGCGGAGGAGUACGACGAGACUGGCAACCCGAUCAAGAAGGAGCCUAAGUCGAGGGAAGAUUUCAGGGCUAUGCUAAACCUACCAAAACCCAAGUCUGCGAUUAAAGCAGAGGUGAGGUCAGAAAUGCCGACACAAGAAACAGAGGCAGAGCCCGAGCCACAGCAGGUGCCCAAGCCUGUUGCCCCACGUUUUGUACCUAUGUCUGUCGGCAAAGGAAAGAAGAAGAAGCCUAUGGCUCCUCGACCAACAGCAUCGAACGAGAUGAGCACUGCGACAAACACAAAUACAGAUGCAUCCACAUCACAAACGCAACAGCCACCUCUUGAGACUAAGGCGCGGAAGCCGAAGGUCUCUCUCUUUAGCGUCUCGAACGAAGCAGAGCCUGCGCCCAAGGAGACAUCCGACGGCCAGUAUCAACCACUUCUCUACGACGGGGAAGAGGAAAGAGAUGUUGCUAUGACGGAGGGAGCAUACUACAUGCCACCAGCACCUGAGGUGGCACAGUAUGCUCCUUCAUCUACGAGUGGAUCUAACCCUCAUGACCUAACCAACAUUGCUUCUGAGUUGAACCUAUCGGAAGCAGAGCGCCGCCAACUAUUUGGUAAGAAAGGACGCGGUGGACCAGACUUUUCUGAUGCCACGAUCAAAGACUUCAACACAGACAUGGAGUAUGCCCAUAACGAAAAGCUACGGCAACAGGGUGAAGCAGUGCAGCAUAAUCCACUCAAAUCUAUAUCCGGUACUGGAAAGAAUAGCCUCCGAAGUCUGGUAAACGUCGCGACCACCCAGAAGGAUGCACUGGAGGAUCACUUCGCUGCUGGUGCUCGAAAUAAGAGAGAAGCAGGCAAUCGGUAUGGCUGGUAA